GAUUUUAUAAACAAGAGAUGAAUGAUAUUAAACAAGAGGCUCAGGUGACUGAACAUGAAAACAUCUCUGUUUAUGGUCAAAAGAAAUCCAUUUCUGAUCGAUUGUCUUUGUAUUUUGCCAGUAUUGCUCUAUUAUCUGAUGGAUAUCAAGCCUUGAUUGUUUCUUCAGUAGAAAGUUGUUUAUCUCGAAUCUAUGGUUCUUCUGUUUUGGAUUCUACUCUUACUGCUCGUGUCAGUAACGCGCUUUUAAUUGGUGAUAUUGUUGGUAUGCUUGGAUUUGGUUUGAUCAUUGAUCGUUUGGGUAGAAAGUUUGGUAUUGUUUUAUGUACUUUCUUUGUAUGUUUGGGUAUUAUUCUAGCCACUGCUUCUAGCGGUACAACUCCAACUGGUUUGAUUUGGAUGCUGAUCAUUGCUCGUGGUAUUACUGGUGUUGGCGUUGGUGGUGAAUAUCCUUGCUCAUCUGUCACUGCUGGUGAAGCAGCAGAAGAAUCGGGUCGUAGUCGUGGGUUUUGGUUAAUUGUCAGUGGUAACUUUGUCAUUGAUUGUGGAUUUGUCAUUGCCGCUAUUGUUCCAGUUAUUUUAUUGGCGAUUUGUGGUGAAGGUGGUUUAGAAGUAGUAUGGCGAUUAUCUAUUGGUCUUGGAUUAUUACUGCCAAUCAAUGUUCUCUAUUUCCGGUUGAAGAUGAUCAAUUCCGAUGCCUAUCAAAAAGAAGCUCUGACACAAAAUGUACCUUAUCUGUUGAUCCUCAAGCACUAUUGGCCUAAACUAUUGGUAACGGGUGGGAUCUGGUUCUUGUAUGAUUUCGUUACAUAUUCUUUUGGUAUCUUUUCUGACACUAUUUUGGCCCUUGCUGUACCUGCCAAUUCUUUAAUGCAAACCUUCGAAUGGAAUAUUGUACUUAAUGUCUUUUAUCCUUUUGGUGCCUUGGCUGGUGCAUUUUUGAUUGAUCGAAUAGGACGCAAGUAUCUGAUGGCUGGUGGAUUUUUGAUUCAAGCUGUGCUUGGUAUCAUCAUUGGUGCUUUGGCUAAACAGAUCGUUGGUAUCUUUCCCUUAUUUGUUAUUCUGUAUGGGUUCUUCCUUUUCUUUGGUGAAAUCGGUCCUGGUGAUGUUACUUUAACCUUCUCGGAACAAUACCCUACAGCUAUUAGAGGUACAUGUUUUGGCCUCUCUGCCGCAUUGGGAAAGGCUGGUGCUGCUAUUGGUACUCAAGUAUUCAAACCUAUCCUUGCAGCUUUGGCAGAAAAAACAGGAGAUCCUAUUGUUGCACAAGGUUAUGUCUUUAUCAUUGGUUCUGGUAUUGCUCUUAUUGGUGCUGCAUUAACUAUUCUCUUUGUACCUGACAUGAGCAAGCAAAAAAUGGAUACUCUUGAUGAAGAAUUCCGAAAGAUCCUUAGUGAUCAUGGCUAUAAUGUAAAUCAGCUUGGUAUGAUACAAGUUGAAGAACACAAAGAAGAAAUUGCACAAGAUAACAAGUUAGAAUCAUAG